UGUAAAAAAAUCACAUCAGAAUGCAAUAAAAGUGGUAUACGUGUGACACCUUUUUACAUCUCAAGGCAAGAGAGCCCUCUCAACCUCUAUUUAUAUAAACGCCUGACCAAUCCCAAACAAGAGCCAUCGCUAAAACAAGAUCAAUCGCAAAUCGUCUUCCUUAAUCUCGAUCAUAUUAUUGAUUUGAAGAGUGAAAUUAGAAAUUAAAAGAAAAAUGGCAGGAUUAAUAGACAAAGCAAAAAACUUUGUAGCAGAGAAGAUCGCAGAUAUGCCAAAACCAGAAGCAAACAUAGAAGAUUUUGAUCUGAAAGGAGUUAACAAAGAGGGUGUUACUUACAGCGCUAAAGUUGGUGUUAUGAACCCUUAUUCUCAAUCAAUUCCUAUUUGUGAGAUCACUUACCUCCUUAAAUGUGAUGGCAGGGAGAUAUUGUCAGGGACUAUUGCUGACCCUGGGUCAAUAAGAGGAAAGGAGACCACAAUGCUGGAAGUGCCGAUGAAGGUGCCACAUAGCAUCAUUGUGAGCUUGGCAAGGGAUAUUUUUAGGGACUGGGACAUUGAUUAUGAGCUUCAAUUGGGUCUUGUUAUCGACCUCCCUAUCAUUGGCAACUUUACCAUUCCUCUUUCUUCCAAGGGAGAGAUCAAGCUUCCGUCCAUCAGAGACUUCUUUGGUGGAGGAGGAGAAGAAGAGGAGGAAAAGAAGGAAUAAACUUCGUGAUGUUUGAAAGAAAAAAAUACACAGUUACUUGUUUUUUAUUUAAUACCUCAUUUCAUAGUUUCAUGUUGGGCACCUUUGGUUGUAUUUAGGAAACUCACUGACUCACUCUUGGGGUCUCCCUUGUAAUAGUAUCUUACAGGAAUAAUUCGUGUUAACACCAGAAUUUUGCUUGUUUUGGUGCUAGAGUUGUUGUAACUAUAUACGCAUUUCAGUGGGCUGUCCCUAUAAACCGUUUGCUCUAUAAAAUUGAGAUCAUCAAAGUUGACCUUUUAGCUAG